CUAUCGCCCUAUACCCUCGAAAUAAUUUAUAAUAAAUUAAUCAAGAGAAUUACCGCUGAAGUUUGCAUUGAUUUCACAUUUUGUUUCUCAUAUUCAUAAAAUACACAUUUAGUCCUUUAUGUGUCAAUACUUUAACAAUUUUGGUCCUUUCCGUCAGUCUACCGUAAGCCCAUUAGUUAAAGCAGCGACGGAUACACACUAGAUUCCAUUAGUACUGACGGAAAAUUGAGCGAAAUGACUAAAAGUGUUGAAUUAAACAUGAGGGAUCAAAUAUGUUUUUUGUGAACAUGAGGGGCCGAAUGUAAAAUUAGUGCAAACUUAAAGGGCAAAAAAAAAUUGUAUUUUUUCCCUAAAUUAAUCUACCCACUACGAAAUAUAUUUCCUUAACUCGGAAAUCUUUUUACUCUUCCGUAUUCUACCACUUCCCUCCCCAAUUCUCAGUAUCACCAAAUUUGAGGGCAAAUCUCGUUCUUCUCCAAAUAUCAAGAGUCUGAUAUUCCGGCGAAGAAGAAGUUCUUAUUUAUCGGUAGAAACAAGUUUUUGUUCCGUUAUCCAAACAAGUCGUGAAUGAAUUUGUGUUGGCUGCUCUAAGAUUCAACAUAGCCAAGCAGUAACGCAUGAUAGAUGAGUUUAGCAGAGGACUCUCCUGCACACUCGUCAAGUAGCGAUGGCGAUGAUUUAGUAGCAUUUCUGGACGCUGAGUUGGAUAUUGCUUCUGAUGGAGAAGCUGAUUCUGAAGAAGUUGCGGAUGAUGAGGAUAGUGAUAAUGGUGACGAGGAUGAUGACUUGGAUCUUAAGAGAGUUAAAAGGCGCAAGAUGGAGUUAUCUGAAGACGUGAAUUUUGACGUAAUAAAUUCUCAAAGUUCCUCAUCUGCAGAGCAAAUUUUAAGUGCAGGGUCAUCACCUAAGAAGAACACGUGUCUGCAUCCCGGUGUUUAUGCAGGAAUGUGCAUGAAGUGUGGCCAAAAAAUGGAUGAUGAAUCUGGUGUUGCAUUUGGGUACAUACAUAAGAAUCUGAGGCUUGCUAAUGACGAGAUAGACCGAUUACGUGACAGAGACUUGAAGAACAUGCUACGCCAUAGAAAGCUUUGCUUAGUUCUUGAUUUAGAUCAUACCUUGCUCAAUUCAGCCCGACUUCAUGAUAUUACAGAGCAAGAAGGCUACUUAAAUGGCCAAAGAGAAGCUUUGCCAGAUAAUUUAAAGAACAGCUUGUUCAGACUGGAUUGGAUUUAUAUGAUGACUAAGUUGAGGCCGUAUGUGCAUACAUUUCUGAAAGAAGCUAGCAAAUUAUUCGAGAUGUAUAUAUACACUAUGGGUGAACGUCCGUAUGCAUUGGAAAUGGCAAAGCUGCUCGACCCUGGAGAUAUUUACUUCAAUUCCAGAAUAAUUGCACAAGGUGAUUGCACUCAGAAGCAUCAAAAGGGUCUUGAUGUUGUUUUGGGUCAAGAAAGUGCCGUUGUCAUCCUUGAUGAUACUGAAGCCGUGUGGAGCAAGCACAAGGAUAAUUUAAUAUUAAUGGAAAGAUAUCACUUCUUUGCUUCUAGUUGCAAGCAGUUUGGCUUCAACUGUAAAUCACUUUCCGAACUACAAAGUGAUGAAAGUGACACUCAAGGAGCACUCGCUUCUGUUCUGAAAAGACUUCAGCAGAUCCAUACUUUAUUCUUUGAUGCGGAGCGUAAAGAUAGUCUUGAGGACCGGGAUGUGAGACUGGUGAUGAAAACUUUACGAAAAGAAGUUUUAAAAGGAUGUAAAGUUGUGUUCACCCGUGUUUUCCCGACUAAUUUUCCGUCCGAGCACCAUUCCCUAUGGAAAAUGGCUGAGAAAUUGGGAGCCACAUGCUGUAAUGAAAUCGAUCCAUCUGUUACACAUGUGGUCUCCAUGGAUGCAGGAACCGACAAAUCCCGUUGGGCGGUGCAGGAGAAGAAGUUCCUGGUGCAUCCACGGUGGAUAGAAGCUUCCAACUACAUGUGGCAGAAGCAGACAGAAGAAAACUUCCCCGUUAGUCAAGCGAAGAAGUAAAUGAUUUUAUUUAUAUCUAACAUCUGCUGACGAAAUAGAAGUGAAUGAUUUAUUUUUUGUUUAAUGUUUUGUAAUGGCUUAAGUCGGACCUUCUACUGGUGUAUAAAUUUUGUAUUAGAAAGGUCCCUUGAAGAAGGUGAUAGCUGUUUAAGACAUGGGACUUUAUCGAAGCUCAAGUUUUGAUUUUAUCGAUUAGUUAAAUUAACCCCGAA